AUGAAGAAUUUGGCGUUCGUGGUGGUAGUCAUUGUCGCCGUAGUGCAAGUGGAGGCUUUUACUGGGCUUGGCCCCGUGAAGUCAAAACAUAACAUACUAGAAAAAUGUGAGGAGAAUACAGAAAGGCAAAGGUGUAAGGAUUGCUUGACGGUGGACAUCUGCAGCUACGAUAAUUUUCGACUAGCUCAGUAUCGCUGCAAGGAUGUUAAUCCUUUAAAACCUUACUGCACUGGAAAGGGCGAAUGUACGGAUAAAUUGCCAGCGGGGGAUGAUUGUACAGGAAAGGAUGACUUAUGCCCUGAAGAGGCAGGAUAUUAUCCAGAUCCUACAAACUGCACCCGCUACUUAAUUUGUGAUUCAAACCAGAAAGCCUAUGCUCAGACUUGUGCUGUAGCUAACAAUGUUUACCAACAAGAAACUGCUUCUUGUAUCUUAAAACGACGCUCCUCAGACUGUUUCCAAGUGGACUGUAAAGCGGCGAAGAAUUUGGAAAAAUGGUUCCAAUAUACACCGUCUCCGCAGUUUUAUUUUCUUUGCUCGGCGGCAGGCCCUUUUAUGUCAAAGUGUCCAGAAAAUGAGAUUUUCGAUGUGAACACAAAGCAAUGCGAGUUUCAAUGUUCAAGCGUGGGUCGGUUCCCUUAUCCUGGCGAAGAAAAAAAGUACUACGAAUGCGUUGAAACUAGCACCUCGAAGAUACAAAAGUUUGAGCAAACAUGCCCAGGAACAAUGAUUUUUAAGUAUGAUGAUGAGAAACCACCAAAUAUGGCGCAGUCCAAGAAGGGUGACCACAAUGGUUACGGAGAAGUGAUCGAAUGGCUCUUUGACCUAGGUGUACUAAGUUAA